AUGGGACUACCAGCAAUGAGACCCCUCCUGCUAGCGGGCGGCAAAUCGACCCGAAUGGGCACACCCAAACACCUUCUCCGGAUGCCCGACGGAACACCCUUGUACCGGCGGCAGCUGCAACUGCUACGCACCAUCUUCCCGGAGCCGCAGACGAUCUUCAUCUCGCUGGCGCAGGAGUCCGAGACAGACGAGUUCCUUGACGAUCUAUUGUCGCGGGCUGCCAACCAGUCUGCCGAAGUGGAGGACUGCAAGACACCACUGCCGAGAAUCCAGAUUCUACGCGACCAUCACCACCCCGCAAACCCGGACGCAAAGAUUCCUGCUGCCGGCAGUAGUGGCCCCGCCGCGGGACUCCUCGCAGCAUACCGCUACGACGCGUGGGCGUACUGGGUGGUAUUGGCGUGCGAUUACCCGCUGAUCCCGGCAGAGGCCUUCUUCCACCUCUUCGUCAAGCGCGACGCCGUGCCCGUGACGUGCUUCCGCACCGCGGAGGGGGUAUGCGAGCCGCUGCUGGCGAUUUGGGCGCCGCCUGCGCUGUCGCGUCUGGCGGAGCGUGUUGCGCGGGGCCAUCCGCGGCCCGAGGAGACGGCGAGGGAGCUUGACGGGUUGAUGGUUGAUGCGCCGGCGGGUUGCGAAUGGUGGUUGACGAAUGUGAAUACCAUGGAGGAGUGGGUCAAGGCUGUGGAGGAGAUGAAGCUGGGGCCGCCCGGGAGAGGGGAGAUUGCGCCGGAAGGGAUUAUUGGGAAUAUUGUGUAG